GAAGAUCGAUUGGAUGGGAGAAAAAGCGACGCCAAAAGGCGACGUGACUACUGGCAACCCUCUAUCGAUAUUGGUAGUCUUGACUUGCUUCUUCUAAUGCUCGCACUUCUCCUCAGGUAUUCUCCUUCUUGUUAUGAAACCUUUUCUUUAGAUGCUCGUGUAAAAAAAUGACUGAAUCAAAUGCAGAUUAUGCGGCAAUUUUUGCCAAUGACACAUUGACUUUAAUAAAUGAUUCAAACUUUACAUCAACGGAGGAACCUGUCACUUGGGAAUCACAAGUCAGUUUAGCCUUAAAGACAUUAGUUGUGACUUGUAUCAUAUGUUGCGCUGUUUUUGGAAAUAUACUCGUUAUAUCUAGUGUUUACCGAAAUCAUAAACUGAGGAUAACCACAAACUAUUUUAUAGUAUCUCUCGCUUUUGCCGAUACUUUAGUCGCAUUAUUAGCUAUGACUUUUAAUGCUAGUCAUAUGAUAGCUGGAAAGUGGAUCUUUAACCAAACAGUAUGUGAUUUUUGGAAUUCUUGUGACGUCCUAUUCUCUACAGCUUCAAUCAUGCACUUGUGUUGUAUUAGUGUGGACAGAUAUUACGCCAUCAUCAAACCUCUCGAAUAUCCUCUAAAAAUCACUGGAAAAUUAGUAGCUAUCAUGAUUGCUACUGUUUGGUUAAGUUCAGGCCUUAUUAGUUUCAUACCAAUAUUCUUAGGUUGGUAUACUACUGAUGAGUAUUUAAAAUCUCGUGACCAAAAUCCAGAUGUUUGUGAUUUCAGAGUAAAUAAACCGUACGCUAUCAUUUCGUCAAGUGUCUCUUUCUGGAUUCCAUGUUUCAUAAUGCUUUUUACUUACUACAAGAUUUAUGUGGAGGCAGUUCGACAGGAAAAGUUUAUGUGUAAGUCUCAGAUGGCAAUGGUGCAUAAUAGCGCGAGAAAUAGCACGGAUCAUUCGAUGGCUGUUCAUGCUCCACCUCAUCGAAAUUCUCACGGGGAUGAUCCAGAAAGUGGUCAAUCUACUCCUACAAAACGGAGUAUUAAUAAGAUGAAACGAGAACACAAAGCUGCAAAGACUUUGGGAAUAAUUAUGGGAGCCUUUAUUCUCUGCUGGUUACCAUUCUUCCUUUGGUAUGUGUCUAUUAGUAUGUGUGGGGAUGCAUGCCCAUGUCCUGAAAUCGUUGUUCAAGUACUUUUCUGGAUUGGAUAUUUCAACUCAUCACUUAAUCCUAUCAUUUAUGCGUACUUUAAUCGUGAUUUUCGGGAGGCUUUCAAAGACACCAUUCAAACCUUUGUUUGCUGUUGUUGUAAAGUUCCAUGUCUACAGAAUGAGCGUGCUAAAGCCAUGCAGUUCAAUUGUGCUUACAGAUCAACUCAAGAUAUAGGACUUGUUGAGAAUAAGUAUGUUCGAGAUUGAAAAUCAUCUUGGCUGGGUUCAAAUGUUGGAAAGCGUCAUACGAAGUAAAGGUACGAUAACAAUGGUGGUAUUCAUUUCAUUCUGACAAUUAUUUCUAAGUGCACUAAUUUUUAUGGCAAUGAGUGUACAUUAUCAAAAAAUAGGUUAAGUCAGAGUGGAUUGCAGAGGAAUGAAGUGCAUGCUUUUUAUGUGGACGCACUUUAUAAAUAAUUUAGGGAAAAGGAUGUGCUCAUUGUGAUAUUUUAAUCGUGCACCUACUUAAUAGUGAGGAAAUCCUCCUGUAGAUCUUUUCUAUACUUCCAAUGACAUACAUGUGUAUCAUAAUUUGUAUAUAUCCUUACCUUUAUAAAAAGAAUGGCACACUACAUUUUUUUCACUAUCGAGGUUUUUAAACACAUUUAUUGUUUCUACUAAUUUAGACAAUUCAUUUAUAUCUUUUUUCAUGCAGUGAAGUAUAAUAUAUAGCUUUUAUUCAAGGGUAGAUAUGAUUUACAAUUGCUUCUGGAUUUCAAUAAAAAAAAGUAAGGUUGUUUUAUGUCACACCUGUGACGUGUAUCGAAAGCCAAAAACAUGAUAAUUCACUUAUUUUUAGUUUUCGAAAUAAAUAUUCAAAAAUCGGUUUAUGUCAGAAGUAGAGAAUGAUAAUUAAAUUGAAAUCUAACAAACAAAGCAUAAAUAUUCAUCACUGAACAUCCUUCAUGCUUUCAUGUGGGAGCUUUUCUGUGAAUAACUGUUAGAUGAUUUUUACGAGUUUUUAUAUAGGAAUAUGAUUGAAUUGAAAAAUAAUCUUUAUUUGACUAAUUUAAAAUAGUUUUUAGGUAAAUGACACAAAAAAUAGUUUGGACACAUAUUCAAUGUAGUUUUAAUGCUUUUUAAAAUAUUACAGCUGAAGUUUCGGAUAGGCAUGAUAUUACUAGUUGUAACAUAUUUACUAAAAACUUCAAGUUGAUAAUUUUUCAGCAGACAAGAAAAUAUAUUGUAAUUUUUUUAAAUUAUGGGUAGCAACUCACUCACUGAAAAUUUGGUCCUCGCACAAAGAGUUUUUUAGGGACAUAUAGAAGUCUUGUGAGGUUUUGUAUAAACUUGUGUUUUCAAAAUGAACAGAACGAAAAAUUCUAUGCAUUCGAGUUUGGUAAAUAAAAUUUUAAGUAUGAAAAUAAUUCUUCAUAGAGCUAAUUUAAUUUAGAGUCAAAUUAUACAGAAAUAACUUGGACACAUAUGAAUUUUAUUGCUUAUUUAAAUAUUAUAACUGAUCUUUCAAAAAAGAAUGAAAAUAUUAUUAACUGUAACGUAGUUUAUAAAAAGUUGAUAAUUUUUCAGCAGAACUGUAAAUAUGUCAAAAAAUUGUUAUGGACUCACUCACUAAAAUUUUGUCUCUUGCAUUAAUAAUUUUUUAGGAAGUCUUGUAAGGAUUUGUAUCAACUUCUCAUUUCAAGAUGAAUUUAACGGAAAAUAAUGCAUUCGUGUCUGGAGAAUUAAAAAUUUGAAGUAUUAAAAUAAUUCUUCCUUGAGCAAAUUUAAUAUAGUUUUCGGGACAAUCAUACAGAAAUAACUUGAACACAUUUACAAGGUAACUUUAAUACCUAUUAAAAUACUACAAUUGAACUUUCAAAUAAAAAUGAAAACAUGACUAGCAGUAACAUAUUUUUAAAAAAAAAUUCAAGUAGACAAUUUUUUAGCAGAGCACAAUUUUUUAGUCAAGAAAUAUUGUUAUUGGCAACUGAGUUGUUCACUGAAAUUUUGUCCCUUGCACAAAGAUUUUUUUAAGGGAUAUAGAAUUCUUUUGAGGUUUUCUGCAAAUUUUUGUUUUUAAGAUGAAAAUUUCUUGCAUUUGUGUCAAGAGAAUAUGACCAUUCUUGAGUGUGUGUUGCAGCAGCAUAAUCAACAACCAUGUCUCAUAUUCAUAUUUGGAUACGUACUUGCAUCGAAAUGUGACAAAAAUAUCUGAAACUUUGGAGUAAGAUUAUGAUAUUUGCUUUUAAACUUUUUCCAAGUUAUUUCGUGACCCUGUAUAUUAAAAAUGUUUUAGCUUUUCUGAUUUUAGCGUAAGAUCAGUUUCAAAGGAAUAUUUACUAUAUUGAAAAAUUUCAUUGCGAAGAUUUGUAAAAUAAAUGAAACUUCGUUUUAAAGGGUUUUAAAUAGUAAUAAUAUUAAAUAAAAUAAAAUAACGUAAGUAACAAAAUUAUAUUACAGAAGAUUUUUAUGUGUUAUAAAAAUGACAUCACUUCUUUUUGCAAAUCGAAGUUAGUUAGUUUAAAUAUUUUUAUUUAUUUCCUAGUUUAUAUUCCUUCUUAAGACAGACUAUUUCUCUGGAAUUGUUUUUUAAUCUUACUUUUAUUAAAUUCCUAUAAACUAGCGUUUACCAGAUGGCGGUCCAUGAAAGAAAUUGUUUACAUCCACUAAAGAAUUGAGAACUAGUUACGGACAGAGACUGCUCCGUUUUCUCUGUAAAUAUUUACCUCAAGUUUUCUUGCUAUUCGAAGCUAGGGAAGAGAUUCAACCUCGCAACAGGCCCUACUGGAUAGGAACAAGCACUCUUCACUACCGAUGUUUAAGAUUUUGGACAAAGUUGAGGCAAAUAUUUAAGUUUUAACUAUAAGCUCAGUAAGCAGUUACUUCACAACGCACUGUUAGAAAUUUCUCGGGAAAAAUGGUUAAAUAACAAUUUAUUGAAUGGUUAUUUUACCAUAUUUAAUAAAGACAGUCAAAUAACCAUAAAUAAAAUAUUAAUCAAACUGUUUAUUGACCACUUUCACCUAAUACGGUUAAACAACCAGAAUUUUAUCCCACCAGCUAGAAUCACUUUAUGAAGCUAUUUAGUUCUUUGCAACUGCUUACAUAUCAUAGCCGAGCGGGCUUAUCUUUCAAUCUUAUGACCGGCAGAAUUUGAGUUCGAGUCCUAGUGUUGACACCACAAUAUUUCCUCCAUUCCCAACACAUGAAGAAUUUCCAGUCUCCGGCACUCUCUAAUGCCCAAUGAAAAGUCGAGCUCCUAUGUCUAGUUAAAUAAUAUUUUUUUUUUUUUUUUUUUUUUUUUUU